ACAUAAAGAAGGAAUGGUGUGUGGUCAAACAAAAACCAAAUAAAUUCGCACUGUAAACGGCCAAGACUUUAGCUAAUAGAAUACUUGUCUUCUUUUUUCUCUCUCUCUCUUUUUAUAAAUAUAUGCUGCAACCUUUCUCACUUCACAACAACAUACAACAGCAGUGUCAGUUUAUCAUCACUAAACUCUUUCCUCUGUUUCUGCUUCUGACUCCUUUUGCUUCCUCUGUUUUCGGGCACAAACAGAGUUGUUCUGUUUUCGAGAAUGGCCAUCAAGACGAUUGAACUGUUGAAAGGGUGCGGAUCGCAGGAAGAGAUAAUGGAAGUGCUUGCUGCGGUGGCGUCGGAUAUGGGUGAUGCGAUCGAUGACGUGAGCAGCUUGCAGGUGAUUCCUCUGAAGGGUGCAAUGACGAAUGAGGUUUUCCAGGUAAAAUGGCCUUCUAAAAAUGGUGGUGAAGUCAGAAAGGUUCUGGUUCGUUUAUAUGGGGAAGGUGUUGAAGUUUUCUUCGACAGGGAAGAAGAAGUGAAAACCUUUGAGUGCAUGUCAAAGCAUGGUCAAGGACCUCGCCUUCUUGGCCGUUUCACUUCUGGUAGAGUUGAGGAGUUUAUUCAUGCCCGAACUCUGUCAGCUGCUGACCUCCGUGACCCUGAAGUAUCUGCUUUGGUAGCAUCUAAGAUGAGAGAGUUCCAUAAUCUUCACAUGCCUGGUGCAAAGAAGGCUCAAAUUUGGCACAGAUUGAGGAAUUGGCUUGCUCAAGCCAAGAGUCUGUGCUCCCCAAAGGAUGCAAAAAACUUUGGCUUGGACAAUCUGGAUGAGGAAAUAAACAUCCUGGAGAAAAAAUUAUCUGAAGAAUAUCAAGAGAUUGGCUUCUGUCACAAUGAUCUACAGUAUGGUAACAUAAUGAUGGAGGAGGAGACAAAAUUAAUCACUAUAAUUGACUAUGAAUAUGCAAGUUAUAAUCCUAUUGCUUAUGACAUAGCAAAUCAUUUCUGUGAAAUGGUGGCUGAUUACCACAGUGACACACCUCAUGUUCUUGACUACAAAAAAUAUCCAGGACUAGAGGAACGUCAAAGAUUUAUCCGCAUCUAUCUUAGUUCUGAAGGCAAUAAACCAAGCAAUGCUAAAGUGAACCAGUUAGUGAAAGCAACUGAAAACUACACUGCUGCAAACCAUAUAUUUUGGGGUUUGUGGGGACUUAUUUCGAGUUAUGUGAAUAAAAUAGACUUUGACUAUAAGGAGUAUGCAAGGCAGAGGUUUCAGCAAUACUGGUUAAGGAAGGCUAAUUUAUUGGACUCACCAAGCAUCGUUUCCCAAGAACACCAAACUCUGAAUGAAUCUCUGCCAUCUUUCACGUGAUUUUGCUUCAGAUGUCUUACUGAAGUUUAGUAUUUUAGUAUUAUAGUAUAGUAUAGUAUAGUAUAUAUAUAUAUAUAUAUAUAUAUAUAUAUAUAUAUAUAUAUAUAUAAAUAACACCUAAGAUAUGAGAUGCAGCAUCUAUAUGUAAAUUUAUUUAAUCAGCAUGAAUGUGUAAUUUUGAUGAAUACGUCUCUUUUGGAGUUGAGUUGAGGGAUAUGAGUCUAUGUAUUGUUUGCAAUAACGAUGGAUUUGUCUUCUUAUCUUUACACAUUAUCUUUACACAUUAACUGAGGUUAUGA